AUGGCGCCAAACACCCCAGCCGGCCGACCGGGCACCCUCACACCCGAUCAGGAGAAGAAGCUGCGCGAGCUUUGGGGCAUCGUGUUAAAGAUUUUUGGCGUCGAGGUGGGGUCGGACCAAACAAACGGGACAGCCGCACCGGCCGACGAGGAAGUGCUGUCGCCUACAGCAGACGGGAAAAAGGACAAGAAGAAGAGCCGUUUGCAUGUCUUCAAGAGAAGCAAGGGGGACAAGAGUGCAGACGACAAAUCGUCGACUGCCUCGGAAGCGUCGACUCCUACUGCAGACCUAAGCAAAUUAUCCAUAUCUGCCGAAGAUGACAAGUUUGGCCAGACUGCAGAGUUCAAGGCCGCAAUAGCAAACAUUCCCCCAGAGGAGCUCCGGAAAACCUUUUGGAGCAUGGUCAAGCACGACCAUCCGGAUGCGCUCCUCCUUCGCUUCCUGCGCGCCAGGAAAUGGGACGUUGAGAAGGCGCUGGUCAUGAUGAUCUCAACAAUGCAGUGGAGGCUGAACGAAAUGCAUGUCGACGACGACAUCAUGAAGAACGGUGAGCUUGCCGCUCUCGAGACCACGGCGACGGACGCAAAGGAGAAGAAGAACGCAGACGACUUCCUGGCGCAACUGCGCAUGGGCAAGAGCUAUUUGCACGGGUUGGAUAGUGAGGGAAGGCCAAUGUGCUUUGUUCGCGCAAGAUUACACAAGGCUGGUGAGCAGACUGAAGAGAGUCUGGAAAGAUUCACCGUCUACUUGAUCGAGACGGCGCGCAUGCUGCUGAGGCCGCCGAUUGAUACAGCCACCAUCGUUUUCGACAUGACCGACUUUUCCAUGGCCAACAUGGACUACACACCUGUCAAGUUUAUGAUCAAAUGUUUUGAAGCAAACUACCCCGAAUCUCUUGGAACCGUCUUGGUCUACCGCGCACCCUGGGUGUUCAACGCGGUCUGGGCUGUGCUCAAGGGAUGGUUAGAUCCUGUUGUUGCCGGCAAAGUACACUUUGUAAAGAACGUACAGGACUUCAGCACCUUUGUGCCCAAGUCGCAGAUUCCGACCGAGUUGGGCGGAGACGAAAAGUGGGAGUACAAAUACCCGGAGCCCGUACCUGGUGAGAAUGACAAGAUGAAGGAGGAAGGACCGAAGCAAGAACUGCAAAAGGAGAGGCAGGACAUUGUAGACAAGUACGAGGCUACAGUAGUCGAAUGGGUUCGUGUAGGUGACGGCGCGUCGCUAGAAGAGAAGAGGAAAGCAAGAGACGUGCUAGCAGAGCAGCUGAGGCAGAACUACUGGAAGUUGGAUCCGUAUAUUCGAGCGCGUUCGCUAUACGACCGCCUGAAAGUGAUCCAAGACGGAGGCAAACUCGACUUUUACAGCAAGGCGGCCGAGCCUGCUGGCAGCACACCUACUACAGCUGGCGAGACGAGCGCCGACGACGUUGACUAG